AUGGAGACACAAGUGCCUCAGAACUCAAAAGUCAAGAGGUGGGAUGGUGCGGCAAAAUCAUGUACCGACUGGGACAACUUGAGAAGGGAUCCUGAACUCUGGUUUCGAGGUGGGAACUGCUUCGUUCACCUCUACGGCAAAGGCCAGUCUCGCCGAGGUCCCGCGUUUAAAGUACCAUUCAGCACUUUGCUCACCGCAAAAUGCCACCAUUUCGUCAAGAGAUUCAUGUCUUGCGACACGCCCGAGUCACCGGGGUCGUUCAACGACGUGUUCGAAGACUUGGACCGGUGGAACUCUCUACACCCCAACGAGAGAGUCGAGCUUUAUAUUCCAGCUCCGCCAAUGGCGAACAAGGAACAGGCGUUUUCCUACCACCUCGCGACGCGAAAUUUCUUGGCAUGGGUUUUCCGCCGUUCAGUGGUGGGCGAGCACCUCGGAAUCGCUCUCAUUGGCCUGCUGAACAGCAUGGCAGAAUUCAGAGGCAACGACGAAGACAACGUGCCAGAGCUCAUAUCCUACAUGGAUGAAGAAGGGUAUCUGGAUAUCAAAGGCCAACCGCACCAUGCGGUGGCGCUCUUGCAUCUAGCCGAGUUUUUCCAGAUGACAGACAUGUAUAUUGACGCCUUCAGCCACUGUGUUGGAAUGAGCGAGCAUCUUCAGUACAACCCCGAAUUUGAGCACAUUGGCUCAGUCACCAGAAUGCUCAUACGCAGGGCACGGAAUGACAUGGACACACGGCUAAGCAAAGCGGGCAACAUGUUGAAAACGUUCUUGGAGGAUGAGCUGUCUGAAUCACAUCUCGGCCUCUCGGCCGGUAACCGUGCUCACCUGGACCGAUUCCGAAGCUUUGUCCGAUCAUUUUACGCGACGAAGCUUGGCUAUUGGCCGCCUCUCUUGCCCGAGUCGGAAAGCAGUUCGAUAUUUGACCCCAAGGUUCUUCGGACCAUGCGCAAAGACUUCCAGGCCGUAUACGAACUGCUGGUCGAUCAGAGCUUCACCUCCGCGGAGAGCAGCCCGAUCCUUGCUCAGGGCGGCAUCUGCACAUUCCAAAGUGUAAACGAUUUCGACCGGCGUUCCAAGUAUACAUCUUUGAAACACCCACUGCCGCUACUCCCGGAGACAGGCGGAGACAAGUCUGGCCGGCGGGUAUCUAUGCUACUCCCGGAGACAGGCGGGGACAAAUCUGGCCGGCGGGUAUCUAUCCAAUGGUUGACAAGCCCUGCGCGAGCCGACAAGCUCAAACCCGAUGAGCGUCUGAUCGCUCAUAGUGCGCUGACCAAGGCUAUGAAUAUGCGGGAUCAGGAAACGCUCCGCAACGACUUUGUUCGCGCCUACCGCAAGUUUGAGGAGGAUUCGGUCUCGCCGCUCAACCGUGUCGACAAGGUCGAAAAGAUCAGCCUAGUGGAUGCUCGCAAGGUACGCUGGAUCCUGAUUUACUGUUGUUACCAGGCUCUUCUGAGCUGCACAGAGGCAUCUGCAGAGGUCAGCGACGUCGAUAAGGCGGACUACCACCUCGCAGUUUCGACCCAGAAGCUACCGCCUUGGAAGGAGGGUCGCAACUUGCACUCCUUCUUCCGCAGCCACACUGAUCCCACGUCGAGCACCAAGCAGUCGGUUACAGACUGGGCGUCGAAGUGCAGUGCCUUGCCGACACCAACCCUAGUGUCCCCUUCUGUCGAGAUCCGACCCGACAUAGACUACACUGCUCAAGCACGUCGCGAGGAGAGACUGUCUCAUCGCAAGUCGGUAGCCGUCGCUCCAUCAGCGGCGGCUCCGCCCCGGUCCCGGAGCCGGAGUCUACCCCGCAGCAACACUUUCCGACGAUCUCUCAGCAUCUUCCGCAAACUGGAAGAACAAAGCGUCCCGACCGCGAUGGCGAGGAAGGGUUCCUAUUGCGAGAUUGUGGUAAAGGGUUAUGGAAACGGUACCAACGCUGUGGUUAAGAAGGUUGCCGAAGCGCCCCCCGCAGAGCUCUCGUCAAAGACCACGACGGCGAUGCGUUCCUUUUCGACGUCGUCUGAAUCCAGCUUCGUGUCCGAGGCGCAGUCGCUGGGCGCCUUCAGCUUCGCGACCGCCGAGUCCACGGUCGCCGAGUCCACGGUCCCGCCGACGUCGCCCAAGGCGCCGUGUAAGAACUGGCCGAACCAGGACACGCCCAUGUUGAGCCCUGUGCCCCUGCGUGGCCGCCGGCGCGUCAAGGCCGUGCUAUCCUUUUCUGAACCGGCGCGCCUGAGCCCGGCACUGGAACCGAUCUCUCCUCUUGCCAGCCCGGCACUAGAACUAGCAUCAUCUUAUGUCAGCCCGGUAAUAGUACCGGCAGAAGCAAGUUUCGCAAGACGGUACACCGUCAUCGGUGGCGGCGACUACGCCCAGGACUACGUCGACCUGGUCAAGGAACAAGAGAGCGACUUCAACCGCCAUGACACGGAGCCGCUCUCGCUGCAGAUCCCCAAGCCAUCGCUUCCUACGUACCCCGAAUCCCCGAUCUUGGGGCACCUGGACGACUACGCGCCCGAAUGGGACAAGUACAAGCACCUGGGCGGACUGACCAGACUGUCGCCCCUGCAUAUCUGA